GAACACUCGCCCUAAAGCACAAAACCCUGCAAUCGCCGCGUUUAAACCCCUAAAGCCCUCACCUUUCGCGGUAGCCUUCUCUUCUGCCGGCCUCCAACUCAAUCGAAACGGUCGCGACACAGAUGGACACAUAGACAGAAACGAAACGCGAUAAGGGCUGGACUGGUGCUCGAAUCGUGUCGGAGGUGAUGGUGAUGAGUUUUAGUAGGUUGCGAAGAGGAUAUUUCUAGGGCUCGCUCUUGCUUUGCGGAAAUGCUGGAGGUUUACAGGAGCAGCAGUUCCAUCGAGUGGAAACCAUCUCCCGUCGUAGCUCUCGCCACAAGUGUCGACGACUCCCAGGUCGCUGCAGCUCGCGAAGAUGGCUCUCUUGAGAUUUGGCUCGUCUCCCCCGGUUCUGUUGGUUGGCACUGUCAGCUGACAAUCCAUGGAGACCCUAACUCCAGAAUAUCUUCCCUAGUUUGGUGCCGUUCGAAUUCAAAACGUUUGCCUUCUGGUCGGUUGCUGUCAUCAAGUAUUGAUGGAUCAAUUUCGGAGUGGGAUCUUUUCGACUUGAAGCAGAGGACAGUGCUAGAUUCUAUUGGAGUAUCGAUCUGGCAGAUAGCUGUUGAACCUGAUGAUUCACAUUCUAGACAAUAUGAUUCUCAACAUGCAAUUAAUGGAUAUGCAAAUGAUGAAGAUGGAACUGUUGACAAUGAUGAAACCAGUGAAAGUGAUGAAGAUUCUGACUCCGUUGAGCUUCAUUUGCAACCAUCUGCUAAAGAUCCACGCAUAGCCAUUGGAUGUGAUGAUGGUUGUGUACGGAUAUACAUUGUUUCUGAUUCAGAUGAAUUAACUUAUAGUAGAACAAUGCCUAGGGUUAGUGGGCGUGUUUUAAGUGUUGCUUGGAGCAUUGAUGCAAAACUAAUAUUCUCAGGGAGUAGUGAUGGGUUUAUUAGGUGCUGGGAUGCCACAUUAGCUCAUGAGGUUUAUAGGAUAACAGUUGGACUUGGAGGCUUGGGUGGUGGACAUGAGCUUUGUGUAUGGUCAUUACUUGCCUUAAGGUGUGGGACCCUAGUUAGUGCUGACAGUACUGGUAGUGUCCAGUUUUGGGACAGUCAACAUGGAACUCUAUUGCAGGCUCACUCUUUCCAUAAGGGGGAUGUCAAUGCUUUGGCAACAGUUCCUAGGCAUAACAGGGUGUUCUCUGCUGGUUCUGAUGGCCAGGUAAUUCUAUAUAAGCUCUCUGCUGACUCAGUUGGAUCUGGUAAUGAGAAGUCCUCUACUGAAGUAAGAAAGAAAUGGGUCUAUGUUAGUUAUCUAAGAGCUCAUACCCAUGAUGUGAGGGCCUUGACUGUGGCGGUACCUAUUAGCAAAGAAGAUCCACUGCCCGGUGAAAAGGUAAGAAGGAUUCGUGGUCGAGAUAAGCCCACUGAUUUCAGUUACCGAAAAUGGGCCCAUCUGGGAGUACCCAUGCUUAUCUCAGCUGGUGAUGACACAAAGCUCUUUGCUUACUCUGCCAAGGAGUUCACCAAGUUCUCUCCACAUGAUAUCUGCCCUGCACCUCAGAGAGUGUCGAUUCAGUUAGUGCUUAAUACUCUACUCAGUGGAUCUCCUUUGAUUCUAAUCCAGUGCUCAAGCUGGUUGGAUAUUUUGUAUGUUCAUGUAAAGAGUGGUGCAAAUCCUAGCAAGGGUUCUCGAGGGCUUGCAACCACUGACUUGCUGGCUCGAGUUAAAAGUAAGGCAUCUCGGAAGAUUAUUUGCAGCACCAUCUCAAAUACGGGGGUGUUAUUUGCUUAUUCUGACCAUGCAAAACCUAGUCUAUUUGAACUGAAAAGGUGUGAAAGUGGAAAGAGUGCAUGGGCAGUCAAUAAAAGGCAACUACCUCGACAACUCCCAUUUGCUCAUUGCAUGCUUUUCAGUUCUGAUUCUUCUCGUUUGAUGAUAGCAGGCCAUGAUAGAAAGAUAUAUGUUGUGGAUGUGGUAACCACUGAACUUUUGCACACGUUUACACCUUGCCGCAAGGAAGAUGGUGAGGAUUUGCCACCUAGUGAGCCUCCCAUAACAAGAAUGUUUACCAGUUCAGAUGGGCAAUGGCUCGCUGCCAUUAACUGCUUUGGAGAUAUAUACAUCUUCAAUCUAGAGACACAAAGGCAGCACUGGUUCAUAUCCAGAUUGGAUGGGGCUUCUGUCACAGCUGGUGGAUUUCCUCCCAGGAAUAGUAACGUGCUAAUUCUAACCACCUCUUCAAAUCAAGUUUAUGCAUUUGAUGUAGAGGCCAAACAGCUAGGGGAAUGGUCAAGGCGCCACACGUUUGUUUUACCAAGAAGAUUUCAGGAAUUUCCAGGAGAGGUUAUUGGCCUCUCCUUUCCGCCCUCUUUGAGUUCAACUUCUGUGAUUAUCUACAGUACCAGGGCAAUGUGCUUGAUCGACUUUGGGAUGCCAGUAGAUUUAGAUGGUGAUAUUGGCUUGAGCAAUGGCUUGGAUUUUUCACAGAAGUUAGUAGAUUCUCCCAGUAAAGUAAAAGCAAAGCGGAAACGGGAGAAAUCUGCUGUAGAUCUUAAACUUAAUGCUAGAAGGAAUUUUGAUUUUGUUGCUUUCAGGGACCCUGUUUUGUUUAUUUCACAUUUAUCUGAAAAUUCCAUCUUGGUCAUUGAAAAACCAUGGAUGGAAGUAGUUAGGUCUUUUGACAUAGCCCCUGUUCACAGACAUAUAUUUGGUACCUGAUCACUAUUAUUGACGAUGGUAGUUCACAGAAAAUAAGGGAAUCCAACUAGGUGCAAGGGUCCCUUAAUUUUUCCCUUUCUUUCUUCUUUAUUGUCUCCGGGGGCCGAAAGCAUGUUGUGUAAAAUAUUCAUUAAUAGUUUUAAUUAAAUGUUCCAUAUUUUAAACGUUUU